AUGACAUCAGAACAUUUUGCAUCGUUUCUGGUUUUCAUUUUUAUCCAUGUGGUGGCUUUUGCAUAUUAUAUCAAAGGACUCCUCUCCCCAAAAAUGUUUAAAGUAGCUGUUACACUUGUCGCAUCUGUUGGCAUGGUACUAUGUUGUGCUGUAGUAGCAGUACUUAUAGCAAUGGUAGCUUCUAGUCCAACAAAGGGAUGGAGUGGAAGAAGUUUGAGCCUGCUUGAUCCAACUUAUGCCAGCAAGUACAUACCCAUCAUUGCCAGUGUUAGUGAACAUCAACCUCCUACUUGGCCGUCUUACUUUAUGGACAUUAAUGUCUUGGCUUUCUUGGUUCCAGCUGGCAUUACUGCAUGUUUUUUGCCGCUAUCUGAUGCAAGCUCUUUUGUGAUCUUGUACAUAGUAACAUCAGUAUAUUUUUCUGGUGUCAUGGUACGGCUAAUGCUUGUACUUGCUCCAGCGGCAUGCAUAUUGUCUGGUAUUGCUCUUUCUGAAGCUUUUGAUGUUUUUACGGGAUCAAUCAAAUUUCAGUUACCUGGCAUAUCUCGAAACUCCCAGAUUGAUGUGAGGGAUACUUCUUCUGCUGGUGUUGUCACCCAAGAUGAUGGUGUGAAGACUGAUAAAAAUGAAGAAUCAUUAAAGGAACGACCUUCCAAAAAGAACAAGAAGAAGGAAAGGGAAAAUGCAGAAAAGGCUUUGAUUAAGCCCCUGCUUGAGAAGAGGCUUCUGGUUUUACCUCUGGAGGCAUCCGUCAUUUCUCUACUUUUACUUGUGUUGCUGGGUGCUUUUUAUGUGGUACAUUGUGUCUGGGCGGCAGCAGAAGCAUAUUCUGCCCCUUCUAUUGUGCUAACAUCUCAUACAAACAAUGGUCUUCAUGUUUUCGAUGAUUUUAGAGAGGCCUAUGCAUGGUUGAGCCACAAUACUGAAGUGGAUGAUAAAGUGGCAUCCUGGUGGGACUAUGGUUACCAAACAACUGCUAUGGCUAACCGCACUGUCAUUGUUGACAAUAAUACCUGGAACAACACACACAUUGCAACUGUUGGUACCGCCAUGUCAUCUCCUGAAAAGGCAGCUUGGGAAAUUUUUCACUCUUUGGACGUAAAAUAUGUUCUUGUUGUCUUUGGAGGUCUUGUUGGCUAUCCUAGUGAUGAUAUUAACAAGUUCCUAUGGAUGGUUCGGAUAGGAGGGGGUGUAUUCCCUCACAUCAAGGAACCUGAUUAUCUUAGAGAUGGCCAGUACCGGAUUGAUUCUCAGGCAACUCCAACCAUGCUAAACUGCCUCAUGUACAAACUAUGUUACUACAGAUUUGUGGAGACAGAUGGUCAAGGCUUUGAUAGAGUCAGGAAAACUGAAAUUGGAAAGAAACAUUUUAAACUAACCCAUUUUGAGGAGGUGUUUACAACUCACCAUUGGAUGGUCCGGCUAUACAAACUAAAACCUCCAAAGAACAGGAUCCGGGGAAAGACCAAGAAAUCGAAGACGGUAUGUGUGAUCAAUAAAGCUAGCUCGACUACCAGCUCAAAAGGAAGUGGCAAGAGAAACCCUUGGCAGUAAAAGCAUUUUUUUAGGAAUUUUUCUCAGCUCAGUUUUAUUUGUAAUACAUAUAUAUAUUGGUAUUUUAGUCUCUCGAGAGGGAUUGUGCUGGAUAAGUCGGACAAUUCCCUUAGCAAUGAGAAUGAUAAUCACAGAUUUUGUCUAACAUGUGAUCUAGUAAUUUACUUGACUUUUUACAUUUGAUGCAUUGUUGAUGGCAGAGCAAAAUUGAAUCAAUUUUUUCGCCAGUGACGGCCAG